AUGAAUAAGGAAGUGUGUAAAAGGUUCAAGAAUGUAAAGGAAUGGUUUCCCGAUAAAUUGGACAGCAAGGGAGAGUAUCAAAUUAAUAAUAAAGAACAUCUCAAUAAAUAUUGUAAUAGUGGCUGUGAUAAUUCUCUCGAUAAAAUUAGUGCUGGAUGUUUAUAUUUUUUUAAUGAAUUCUUUAAGGAUUCUUCUGCGUUUAAGGAUCUUGCAAAAAGUAACAUUAAUAUUGUUGAUUACAUUAUUAUAUGGUUAAGUUAUAUGUUAAACCUAAAGGAAAAUACUAAUAGCAACGUCACCCAUCUACAACAUUUUUAUGAUACAACUAUAAAUAAUGAUAAGUACAAACAUCCUAUAGCUAAUGUUUCGGAGUAUACAAAUUAUAAGAAUCUCAUAGAUAAAAAACAUGAUUUGAAGAAUAUGGAUAUAAAUAAAAAUAAUAUAUCUAAAUUAUAUGAUGCAUUUAAUAUAUUAUGUAAUAUGUAUACUGAAUUUGAUGAAGGCAAAUCAGAUUGUACAAACUUUUCGGAAAAAGCUAAUCAAUUUAUUGGAAAAUAUAAAGAACUUGAUGAAAAUUGCAAUAUUACUGGAAACAAUUCAUGUAGUAAAAUAUUGUUUACUUUAUUAUCUGAUUAUAUUAAUUUUAAAAAUAAAUGUAACGAUAUUCCAUCUCUUCCAGGGAUAGCAUCAGAAUUUUUUGCUCCAAGUUCGUCGAUAGCAACAAAAUUAUUUAUAGUUUUAUCGAUAUUUGGUGCAAUAGGAAUUUUUUUUGGAAUUUCGUAUAAGUAUUCAUUAUUUGGAUUUCGAAAACGAUUUAAAAAACAACAAAUAAGAGAAAAAAUAAAAAAUAUAAAGAAGAGAAUGAAUUAUUAA